CAGUUAUACAUAAAUACAGUAUUUACUCCUAUGAUAUUUCGUUUCACGGAACCAUUCGGCAAAACACUUUUGUACCCUAGAAUCAAGGCUUUCCUAUAUCCCGGCAUACCCAGAUCGUAUGCAUCGGUAACCAUGGCAGCUACCAAGGAAACCACUGAAAGGAAGCUUAAAGUAGUUUUCCUUCAUGGAUUCACGCAAACUGAUGAAACUCUAAGGCAGAAGACACUGGCAUUUAAGACCACGUGCCAGAAGUAUCUGGAUAUCAAAUACGUGUGCUCGCCACAUGUACUUAGACAGGCACCGGCGUUCUACGAUGACUCCAGAAAGGGUAAAUGUGAUGAGGAAAUAAAGGAGAUGGAAAACAAGGCCCGGGAGGCCUAUAUCAGGGACCACGGGCCUAAGGAUACAUAUGGCAAUACAUGGUUCUAUAUCGGUAAAGACGGCGAUUACUCUUCGCAGGUUAAAUCCGGCGAUGUAGUAGGCCUAGAUGCAUCGCUAAAGGUAGUAUUCGAUGCCUGCAAGGAACAUAACGCCGAUGGAAUCAUGGGAUUCAGCCUAGGGGGGCUGAUGGCAGUCAUUGCAACGCAAAAGGCGCUGCAGGAUGACUCCAUUGGAUGGAAACCUAGGUUUGUUGCAUUAUUCAGCCCGCCAAUGAUCGGUAACGACAUUAUCUGCAGCAUGCUGGAACAAGGCCCUAAAGUAGAUAUACCGUCACUGGUACUUGUCAGUGAGAAUGACGUUUUCGUUAAACCCGAGCGCACGUACUUGCUACUGAAGUAUCUUAGAGAACCCGAGAUAAAAUACCAUUCCGCAGGGCACACAGUCCCGCAUACGGAAUGCAAGGAAGUGUAUCGCAACUUCUUCACUCGGUUCAUGUAGAACACUA